UUCACCGAUUCGCGGAAGUGGUUGAGUGGUGAAACGUCAUCAGCUAUCACUGUUGUUAUUACUUUGAAACUAUUAGAAAACUGGCGUAAAAACGGAGUAAUUCAUCGGUAGAGCAUGAUAAGGAACUUCUUUUAAGUUUAUUGUCAAAAUAUUUAAAGCAUGUUUCAGAACUGGGGAACCUGGCUUGGAAUAGAAACCGAAAAUGGCCAAGUUAAACAAGAAAGCGAGUCUGUUGUUGAUGUUGAUGAACACCAAAACCAUGACAUGAAUAACCCGACUGCUGGAGCUGGAGCUGGGCAGAGCAGUGCUGUGGAGGACGAUGCUCAACCGCCUCAACUCGUCCAGAAAGCGAAGGGCUUCAGUGGUUACAUUUAUAAUUUCGCCAGCAGUGCUUCAAAGAAACUGUCCGAGUCCGUCGUUGAAACAGCACAAACCCUGAAGAAAAGUGUGGAGGAGGGGAAGAUCAAUGGGAUUAUUGAUAAGACCAUUUUGGGUGAUUUCCAGAAAGAACAAGAAAGGUUUGUUCAGGAGAAAAAAGCGAAAACUUCUGGUGCUGCUGUGCCUCCAUGGGUUGGGUACAGCGAAGAGGACACCAUUCAGCAACAGAUUUUGGCUCUCUCAGCCGACAAAAGAAAUUUUUUGCGAGAUCCUCCUGCCGGGGUGCAAUUUCACUUUGACUGUGAGCAAAUGUAUCCAGUCGCCAUGGUGAUGCUGGAGGAAGACGAGCUCCUUCGGAAGAUGCGCUUCCAUCUGGUGCCCAAACAGGUGAAAGAGGAAGCCUUCUGGAAGAAUUACUUCUACCGUGUGUCCUUAAUAAAACAGUCAGCUCAGCUCACAGCUUUAGCAGCACAGCAAGCGGCGGAGCGCAGAGACAUGCAGAAAACUGACACCAGUCCCGAGGCUGGUCAUCACAAGGAUGCAGUGAAAAGGAAAACUCCUGCUGCCAUCCACACUACGAAACCAAAGUCAAGUGAGGAUGAAGAGAUCUCCACCAGCCCGCCUGUAUCUGAAUUUGUGAGUGAUGCUUUUGACUCAUGCAAGAUAAAUGAGGACGACCUACGCAAAGAAAUGGAACAGCUGGUUCUGGACAAGAAGGGACAUCCAAACACACAGCAGGAGGAGACUGCUGACUGGGAGAGAGAGCUGCAGGAGGAACUUCAGGAGUACGACGUGUUGGAUGAUAAUGAGAACCGUGAUGACAACUGGGACAGGGAGAUUGAAGAGAUGCUAAAGGAGGACAGUUAGAGCACUCAUACAAAGCUCCUCCAGUCAUAACUGUUCGAUGGAGACCUUUAGGGACAGAAACAGCACAUGACUACAGAUUUAAUGCUCCCUCUGGAAUGGUUCAUUACAAUAUUGGUCCUCCAAGAACUCUCAGCACAGAGAAAUACUACUGAACAUCAUUAACAUUUCAGUGUACUAUUUCUGUGGCCUGGAUAGUUUAAGGUUUUAUGAGUACAUGUUUAGAGUCCUCCUGUUUAAAGGAAAAGGAGAUAUUGUCCUGCAUCUCCAGUUCAUAAUGUGAUAAUGUGUACGCCUCCACAGACUGUAGACUUGGGAAUUAAACAAGACGAUGUAACUUGCUGAAUGGCUGCCACAAGUGUCAAUUAUAGGAUAAUGGUUAAUGCUGAAAAUACAGUGCUGAAGCAUAACAGUAGCACAAGUAAACAGGAGUCACAAACUCAGCAAACUGCCUCAGGAAUGUCUGUUACACAGCAAUAUCUGCCUAAAGUAAUUGCGACCAAUAACUAACACCAAGCACCAUAAGCUACUGGUCAUACCAGACCAAAGUAAACAGCGAGUAUACUGAACUGAACAGGGCUGUGUUUUUUUUCUUUUAUUUGUGAAUUGAAUUGUUCAUUUAUAAGAGGAAGAAUGUGCUGCGACUUUGUAGUCUCACUUUAAACAUACAUUUUGGCACAAAUACCAUUAUGAUGAUUUUAAGUUCAUUCUUAUUAUGACAUUCAGAUUAAGAGGCAGUGUAAGGCAGUGUGGCCCUGCCGUGUCUUUCUCGCCUUACUGAUGCCAGUUGUCUGCUGCAGAAACACCUUGAACUGAAUAACAUGAUCCAAGUCAGGUGAUAUUUUCUCUCAGUUUUGGAUGAUUUCAUGUUACCAGUUAAGUUUAUUUGUGGCUGUUUACCGUAGUUUCUAGUGUUUAUACUUACUGUAAAUGCAAACAUCAGUAUAGUGUUUUUUUUAUUUUUUUUUACCCUUUAACCUUAGCAUUUAUUACUAUCUAAAAUGUUUUAUUAUGCUAAUGCAUGUGAUUCUAUUAAAGUCCCCCUCCCCUCAGAAA